GAUGUAUACAAAACAUAGAUGUGGUUCUAGGUCAAUCCCUGUUAGAGUAGAAAAACUGGCACGAGAAAAGAAGAUGCUACCUGAUCUAGCAGAGUUGUACAAGGAAACUCACUAUAAUGAGAAAACACAUGAGUGGAUCUCAUCUCAAGCUCAGUGUAAUUAUGAAAAUAUGAUACGGACACAGGCUGAUCACCUCUCACAACCGGGAUCAAUCCCUUUGACUGCAGAAGAGCUGUCAAUGAUACGGACACAGGCUGAUCACCUCUCACAACCGGGAUCAAUCCCUUUGACUGCAGAAGAGCUGUCAAUCAAAGUGCUAAAGCCAAGGUUUGGCUAUGUGAAGGGACUUGGCAUGAGACCUUCAUCCUCUAUUAGGAGGACCACUACCAUAUAUGCUGAAACAAAUGAUUAUGUGAAGCGCCUUGAGAUGCAAAUAGAGACACAGAAGGAACAAAUACAAAUGUAG